AUAUAAUACCAACGCUUAAAAAAUCAUCGAUUUGUUGUUUCCAUUCUCCUAGAGAUCAAAUGAAUUUGAGGCUGCAAAGGUGCCUUAGAGCAAUCAAGGGGGCUCCAUAACCCAUGGAAAGAAGCGUAUAUGCUGCAAGCGGGAAGCACUUCUUGCAGCAAUACCCCAACCAGCACAUCUAUGGUCAGCUAGACAUGCAUGGCACCAAUCAGCCCCAAACCAGCCACACAUCGACUAGCCUGUCGACAUCAGAUUCUGGGGAGCCGGGUGUCGACGGGAAGUGGGCGUCGAGGCUUCUGCGGGAGUGCGCGAGAGCCAUCUCCAACAAGGACUCCGGCAAGAUCCACCACCUUCUAUGGAUGUUAAAUGAGCUCGCCUCGCCCUACGGUGAAUGUGAUCAAAAGUUAGCUUCUUAUUUCUUGCAAGCUCUCUUCUGCAAGGCUACACAAUCCGGGCUUCGAUGUUUCAAAACCCUGACUUCAGUUGCCGAGAAGAGCCACUCCUUUGAUUCGGCUAGGAAGUUGAUACUAAAGUUCCAAGAGGUAAGUCCAUGGACGACUUUUGGUCAUGUUGCAUCAAAUGGGGCUAUCUUGGAAGCCUUUGAAGGAGAGAGCAAACUUCACAUAAUUGACAUAAGCAACACUCUUUGCACUCAAUGGCCUACUUUGUUGGAAGCUUUGGCAACACGAAACGAUGAGACACCGCGAUUGAAGCUCACCGUGGUGGUCUCCGAGAGCAUAGUGAGAUCAGUCAUGAAGGAGAUAUCACAAAGAAUGGAGAAGUUUGCAAGGCUAAUGGGAGUGCCUUUCGAAUUUAAUGUGAUUAGUGGGCUAAACAACUUGGGAGAGCUCACAAAAGAGGGACUAGGGGUUCAAGAUGAUGAAGCAGUAGCAGUGAAUUGCAUUGGAGCAUUGAGAAAGGCCGAAGUGGAGGAAAGGGGAGCUGUGAUUCGGAUGUUUCAAUCCCUCCGCCCUCGAGUUGUGACAGUUGUUGAAGAGGAAGCCGAUCUUUCAAGCUCUAGAAAUGACUUUGUCAAGUGCUUCGAAGAAUGCCUUAGGUUCUACACAUUGUAUUUUGAGAUGUUGGAAGAAAGCUUUGUCCCAACUAGCAAUGAGAGAUUGAUGUUGGAGAGGGAAUGCUCAAGAAGCAUACUUAAGGUUUUGGCAUGUGAUGAUGAGAGCGGCGUGGGAGACUGCGAGACGAGGGAAAAAGGAUCCCAAUGGUGUGAGAGGCUCAAGGAGGCCUUCUCCCCUAUGGCAUUUAGCGACGAUGUGGUCGAUGAUGUUAAAGCCCUACUAAGGCGAUAUCGAGCGGGGUGGGGGCUUGUGGUGCCACAAGAAGAAGACUCAUCAUCAGGGAUCUAUUUGACAUGGAAGGAGGAACCAGUAGUAUGGGCUUCAGCUUGGAAACCCUAGCUAGCUAGACUUAAAUGGUUAGAUAUAUAUCAUCGAUCAAUAUAUAUAUAUAUAUAUAUAUUGCUUCCAAUGAAUUGUUCUUCCUUCCGAUAGCUAUGAACAUUGAUCAUAGCUUUUGAUGCAUAAGCCAUUUUUGUUUUUAUGGGACCAGCUUUUGCUAUGCUUUUAUGCAGGGAACUUUAUAUGCUACAAUAUCGAUCUCUUUGCUUU